AUGUGCCCGAUCUAUUCAAUCCUUUUAAUACAGGGUGGAGGCAUAGCAGGUGGGAGAAAGGAAUACGAGCCGAAAACACCAACUAAACGAUGCACCCUUGACUCGGCACCAUCACGCCUCCCAAUAGGUGCCCUUCUGAUAUCCCCAGAUCCAGAUCCACCCCAACACAGAGAAAGCCCGGAACCACAGGGCAAUCACCCUCCAAGCCCCGCUUCUCCAUAUGAAGAGUACAUCUUCAUGGACAACACUCCCCCACCCAACCACAACAACCAAGCACAAGGACAGGUGAUGGAGCAGGCGCAAGAAUUUACCUUCCCGGCCAACAGAGGAGAUAUGUGCUUACAGUCUAGGGUCUCUGUGAUGGACUCCCCUCAUAGCAACGGGCCAGAAUUCGUACCACAUGGACCCGAGCAAGAAGGGCUCAUGGCACGACUCCACUUGGAUGCUUCCCAUGUCCUAGAUGUAAUUCUCUUCCACUGGAGAUCGGCCUACUCGAUGAUCCCAGAAAUGCUGAGCACAGCACUCCUCAUUUCCCUCGUCCUUGCUCUCAUUUUGCAGCCCGUGCAGCCGUUCAUUUACCUGCAUGUCGGGACAUAUAAAAUUUGGUACCAUAUAAUGUGA